UAAGAGGAUAACCUUGUGGAUGGCCCUUGAAUAAGCCAGAUGGAACAGGAUAGAACUAAUCAUGAUGAAGGCAAUAGUUUAAAUCAUUUUUUAAUUCCACAUCCUUCUCGUGUUUGCCAAGCAGAGCCUUUGUCAGUGAAGCUGCAUAAUGGAAACACGUCAGCGGGGAAGAUCUACAAUGAACUGAAUGGCAACCCUAUGUGGCUGCACGGGAAGGCGAACUAUGGAGUGAAGCAUCCUGCAAAAAGGAAUGAGAGUAGUCGAAUAAGCCCUGACCUUCUUCAGCAAAAGAAACAUUGCAGCGGGUAUUUGCAAAAUGGUGGGAUAAAACGCACUUUUAGUGAGCCUUCUUUGUACGGGCUUCACCUGAACAAGAAGCUUAAACAAGAUGAAGAAGCAAAAAAAGGGCAAGAUAGCUCAUUCACUGUCAGCAACCAAGCAGGUGCUUCUAAUUUGUGCAGUGAGAAGAGUGUUGUGGGUUUUGGAACAGAACAAAGUACGGCUUCAGUCUUUAUACAGUCUUUAAGAUGCAACUCUGGUGCUUCAGAAACUCCUCCAGCUCCCCAGAUUCAAUAUGAACAAGGGGAUGAAAAUAGCAACUGCCACAACAGGGACAUUGACAUGGCAUAUAAGAACAAGGCAGUUCCAAUGCCUAACGGUGCUAUAGUUUCUGCCUCUUCCAUAGGAAACAUGCAUGGUGAAUUCCUGGAAAAAACGUUGUCUCAGUAUAAUCCAGAACAUGUUUUCAGUGGAAGGCAGACAACUACGUCUUUUACAAAUGCCAUAAACACUCGGGCUAUUAAUGUGUUGACAUGUGGCACAUCACAUUUACUGCAUACCUCAGGGCAGAUAAAUUCCGCUCAAACCUCAAACUCUGAGCUGCCUCAGGUGCUAGCUUCUGAAGCUACUGAAGUCCACAAUAUAGAAAACUCCACUAAAGAAUCCAUCAUGCAAGCAAGCUCCAAUUUUCAUCAUCCAGAAGUAAUGAACUCAGAGCAGCAAAAGUCAGAAAAUACCUACCAGCCACCUACAAACAGCCGUGAAGUUUCAGAAAACACAGGGCAGGUCCCCAGACAGGAUUUUUCACUCAAUCCUAACAACAAUCUGAAGACUCAUGAUAGUAGCUCAGAGAUUUUGUCACAACCAAGAGAAGAAACCAGUGCUUCCUUCCAACAAGAUUCUGUGUUCAGGAAUGAUUCUUUUAAUCUACCACCUAUUGCACCUUCUCCUGGGCAGGAAAUAAACAGUGUGCUCUCCAUGGAGGCUUCAGAAGAUCCUAGAAAUAUUUUCAAUCUGACGGAAGAAAAUAACAGAGGGCAACCACAUCAUCAGGGAGAACAUGCAAAAAAAAUUUCUGGCUUUUGCCAACAAACUCCCAGUUCUCAACAGGGUCAUGAAUACAAGAUUCAGGUUUCACAAGCAACUGGGAGUGAAACAGAUGUCAAUCUCAGUAGAGUGAUAUUGGGAAUAAAGCAGCAAGAUCAUAGUGAAAUUCAGUCCAAACUGGAGUCUAAAAUUCAGGAUCCACAAAGAUUAAGAACCAGUCAAGAAUUGCAACAUUUUCCACAACUUCUGGGCCAGAUUAAUCAACAAGCUACUCUUGAUAAUGGCAAAGAUCUGGUGAAAAAUCACUUAGAGCAGUCACAAAUCCACUCACAAGCUUCUUGGAUGAGAAUGACUUCCCCUCCCUUUCACUCCAGUGAUUCUUCCCCAAAAUCAAAUGAAACUCUUUUGAGGACCAUGCUUCAACUCCAGGCAAAUUCACCUGAGCAGACACAUCCAAAACAAUAUAUUAGAGGUUGCAAUGAAUCAAAAGGAGUCAUAGGGCAAUCUUGCUAUCAGAACAUUAUACAGGGAGAGCAAAUACCAGCACUAUUCAAAAGUGAAGGAGCACAACCGCCUCACCAUUUUACUCCUGAUUUGCAAAUCCCAUUCCAAAAACACUCACCACAAUCCAAAAAGAUGAAUGAUCAGCAGCAAAAUUCAAGGCACUUUAACCUUCAACCACAAUCUGAACUCCACCUUGAUCAGACUUUGGAGGCACAGUUAAAGCCUCAGCACUUAGAUCUUCCAUUUGGGGAUGACCAAUUCAUUCAUUCACAAAUUUUGCCUCCAAUACUCCAGACUCAGCCAUUACAAUCACCACAGAAUUCACAAGUAACAAUGAACUCCGCACAACAAAUAAAAACCACAAAAUUGCCCCAAAUCUUUCCCCGGUCAAGCAACAGCCAAGAACAGCAAGGGGAAAUAACUUCCUUAAACCGGCUUAAAUUAGAAGAGUGCUUUGAAGAAGCAAGUAAUUACUUCAAAUCGGUUGAGUUCCCAGUACAAGUUCCCCAGACUAGAGUGGACCAUAUUUCAAAUGCAGCCAACAAAAACUCCCAUUAUAAUCAGACAAAUAAUGUAAUGAAGCAUUCCUGCUCAAACAUGCACUUGGUUUCUGAGAAAAAGGAAGAUCCCAUAAACACAGACCUCUUAACUCAAAAUAUGUCUCGCAACUUGCAGCACAUGCAAUAUUAUCCCAAUAGCGUAACUCCUAAACAAGAUCUGCCCCAGGGUUUUCAGGAACAAAACCCUCCAUCUCCACCAACUUCAUUUCUACAGCUGCCCUUCCAGCAAACACAAGAAUAUUGUAACAUGACUAACAGCAUGAAUAGCACACAAGCUAGUCAGAUUCAGCAAAGUUACUCACCCUACAGUCAGCAAACAGCAUCCCAUGCAAUAGAUCAGAGUCAUGGCCACUGUCUUCCCUCCCAACCUCACAAAGAUUUUCAAAAACAUGCUGCUAUUAGAUGGCAUAUCUUGAAUAAACAAGCUAACCAAAAUAAAUCUGAGUCAUGUCAAGCUAUGGGGUUCAAAUCUAUCAAAACUGAAACUGGCUCAAAGGUGAAUGCUUGCUUUCCUACACAGGUUGGACAGUUGGAAAACAAACCAUGGAAAAAAGCAAUUAAGCAAGAGAUUCAGCACUUUGGUUGUGAGAACAUGCAACAAAGGAGUAUCAUUGAAACCAUGGAGCAGCAGUUGAAACAGAUUCAGGUCAAAACACCCUUUGAUCACAAGUCUCUUACUAUCAAAUCACCCAAACAGGUCAAAAUUGAGGCUGCAGGACCCAUUACAGUUCUGACAAGGAAUUUUAAUGGUGCAGAUUUCAACAGCCAUGCCGUCUCAUUAGAACAACAACCCAUUCAUUCUAGUGAAAAAACACCAACCAAAAGAAGUGCUGGAACAGCCCUCAACAAUUUCUUGGAGUCACCUUCUUCGUUACUAGAUACACCUUUAAAAAACUUGCUGGAUACACCUGUCAAAACUCAGUACGAUUUUCCUUCAUGUAGCUGUGUGGAACAGAUAAUUGAAAAAGAUGAGGGCCCUUUCUAUACUCACCUUGGAGCUGGUCCUAAUGUUGCUGCUAUUAGAGAAAUAAUGGAAGAAAGAUAUGGAGAAAAAGGCAAAGCCAUCAGAAUAGAGAAAAUUGUCUACACAGGAAAAGAAGGCAGAAGUGCUCAAGGCUGCCCUAUAGCUAAAUGGGUGAUUCGUCGAAAUGGAACUGAAGAAAAACUUCUUUGUUUAGUGCGAGAACGUGCAGGCCACCACUGUGAAACAGCUGUGAUAGUUGUACUUAUCUUGGUGUGGGAAGGAAUACCUCAGAGCCUAGCAGACAAGCUGUACUCUGAAUUGUCUGACACUUUAAUGAAGUACGGCACACUCACAAACCGGCGGUGUGCACUCAAUGAAGAACGAACCUGUGCAUGCCAAGGACUAGAUCCUGAGUCCUGUGGUGCUUCUUUUUCUUUUGGUUGUUCAUGGAGUAUGUACUAUAAUGGUUGCAAAUUUGCCAGAAGCAAGAUCCCAAGAAAGUUUAAACUAUUAGGUGACGAUCCAAAAGAGGAAGAAAAACUAGAAUCCAAUCUACAAACUUUGUCAACUCUAAUGGCACCCACUUACAAGAAACUAGCACCUGAUGCCUAUAACAACCAGAUUGAAUAUGAACACAGAGCUCCUGAAUGUCGCCUGGGUUUAAAAGAAGGUCGUCCAUUCUCAGGGGUCACUGCCUGCCUGGAUUUUUGUGCUCAUGCUCAUAGAGACCUACACAAUAUGCAGAAUGGUAGUACAUUGGUCUGCACACUAACCAGAGAAGACAAUCGUGAAAUUGGCCAAAUACCAGAAGAUGAACAAUUGCAUGUGCUACCCUUGUAUAAAAUAUCCGAUGUAGAUGAGUUCGGAAGCACAGAAGGUCAGGAAGAAAAAAAGCAGAAUGGUAGCAUCCAGUUUCUUAGUUCUUUUCGACGAAAAGUAAGGAUGCUGGCUGAACCUGUAAAAACCUGUCGGCAAAAAAAGUUGGAAGCCAAGAAAGCAGCAACAGAGAAGCUGGCCUCCAUGGAGAAUGGGCCUAACAAACAUGAGAGAGAAAAACCAUCCUCAGCACGUCAAAAGCAGGUCAAUGCAGAAGCAUCGGCUCACGGCAAGCAAUUAGCAGAUCUUUUGCAUCUUUCAGGACCAGCUGUGUCACAACAGCAACUUUACCAUCACCCAUGCCAGGCUCUCCCUUCUAAACCUCAGUCAAAUCAUGGCAAUUUAUACUCUGCUUCUGAUCCUACCAAUCUCUAUAUGAGUCUGUCUAAUGCAGCUAAUCCAUAUUCAAACUCUGCACAUCCUUCCAAUCCUUACGGAGGAUCCAAUCCAAUGAAUAUCUACCAAACUUCAUCACAACCUACAGGAACUUAUUUGAAUUCUUCCAGUCUCAUAAAUCCCUAUUCUAUUCAUUUAGGUCAAAAUAACCAGUAUCCUCAUUAUCCAUGCAAUGGAAGCUUAUCAAUAGACAACUGUUCUUAUUACAAUUCCUAUUCAGCUCAGACUCAGCAUAUGGACUUGUUUAGGUAUCAGAGCCAAGAUUCUCUGUCUAAACUAAGUCUACCUCCAAUACAUACAUUGUAUCAGCAUAGGAUUGCAAAUAAUCAGAACUUUGGGCACAGGUACUUGAAUUAUGGAAACCAAAAUGUGCCAGUAGAUGCUUUCAACAAAUGCACCUUUAGACCAAAUGUUCAUCAUGCAGGUUCUUUCCCAUCUUACGCCCAGCAUGAGACUGAUAACCCUUUUAUGGACAUCACCUCCAGGCUGAAAUCUAAUCUAAAUAAUCCAGGUGUGGACUUCAUUAAUAAAAAUGGUGAUCAUCUGUAUCCCUCAGCACACCUUGCCCAUGACUAUCACAACAUGUUCAAUGGCUCUUCUCAUUCACUCCAUCUCCAGAACAAGAAUAGUCAGACAGCUAAUGGGCUGUCAAACCUUUUUCCAGAUUUUAACCAUAAUAGAACUGCUUCUGAAGUAGGUGCAAAUAAAACAGAGGUGCUCAAUGUAGAGGAUCCUGAUGAUGUCUGGUCAGACAAUGAGCAGAGUUUUCUGGAUCCAGAAUUAGGUGGUGUUGCAGUGGCCCCAUCCCAUGGAUCAAUCCUCAUAGAGUGUGCUAAACGUGAACUCCAUGCUACAACCCCAUUGAAAAAUCCUAACAGGAAUCACCCUACAAGGAUAUCACUUGUCUUCUACCAACAUAAAAGUAUGAAUGAGCCAAAGCAUGGUCUGGCUUUGUGGGAGGCAAAAAUGGCUGAGAAGGCAAGAGAAAAAGAAGAGGAUUGUGAGAAGUACGGUCCAGAUUAUGUGCCUCAGAAAGUACAUGGCAAAAAAGUAAAACGGGAGCCUGCUGAAUUAAAUGAGAACCUGGAACCAACCUAUUUUAGAUUUAUCAGGUCCCUUGCACAAAGGACGAUGUCUCUUACCACAAAUUCCACAGUAACUACAUCUCCAUAUGCCUUUACACGGGUUACAGGGCCUUACAACAGAUAUAUAUAAAAGUCACCUUUGUUUGUUACCUCAUAAUUAUUCCAUUAAAUUAGAUUAGAUUAGAUUAGAUUAGAUUAGAUUAGAUUAGAUUAGAUUAGAUAGAGUCAGAGCAAGAUACAGUAUUUUUUUUCCACUUGUCCUUGAGGAAAUCUUCUCCAUCCCACCAAAAUUAAAUAAUUUUGCCACUGCAUAUAUUUGGAGAGCUGUCACAAGUCACAAUUCGAAACUAAAACCAAAGUAUCCUAUGCAAAAAUUAAGAAGACAUAACAACCAACUAGGACUGAAAUACUGCUAUUACUACUGGUAAAAAGAAUGACCAUAAUUUUAAAAAUGAACAUCUUUAACCAUUUUGCUCAAGAGCAGAUUGAAGCAAGAGUGAGUUUUUUUUUUAAUGGUGAAAACUCUGUAGUAUUUCUUCUACAGAAAAUUGAAUAUUCUGCUAGGUGCUCAACUGAUGGUGUACUGAAAUGCUUACUGGAAAUGUAGUUUUUAGCAUGGAACAUUUUGUUUGUUUUUUGUUUGGCUUUCUUUUGUUUUGGCUAUGAUUUUAACAUAUAUCAAUAUUAAUCAGGAUAGCUACACUUACAACAAAAGCACUGAAUUUGUUUUGGCUAUUCUAAAACGUGGUGCUAUAUACAAAAAUGGUGUCUACUGCAGCAUUUAGACAAGUUUUAAUGUCUUUUAUUAGCACUAGAUAGGAUAGAAAAAGAUCCUGCUCUCCUUAAUUCAUAAACAAAAGCUUUUCAUUUGUGUUGACAUCCAGUUUUUUUAAAAAUCAGCUACCACUCAUUGUUUAAAACAUGGGUGCCCAACCAAUAGGCUAUGGGAGGGACACACUUGUUUUAAAGCAUGGAAAUCUGGAUGAAACAAGGGCAAGAUCCAACAAAGCUAUCAGAAGAGCACUGCAGGCAGAAUGUGCCAAUAGCAGCUAGAAUAAUGGAAGCAAAAAGGCAACCUUUUAAACUAAGAAGACCUCUGCCUAUUCAGCCCCAAAAGAAUUAAUCCUCACACUUCAAUGGUUGAAUAGUGGAACUGAUGGUAUUUUUCAAACAAACAAAGCUUAACCAUGGGUUAGUACUGGGGUAUGCAUCCAUUUUGGUUUAUCUACAGGAACAGUUGAAAUGUUAGGAUCAUGUGUUUGGCAUAUCCAUCUGUUCAGCAUCCCCAUGUUCUGUAAGUGCUAUAGAAUGUUUAUCUAUUUACAAAAUGCAACAUAAUCUUCAUAAUUAACUUUAACAAAAAAAGAUUCAGAUGACACAGCAAGUCAUGGGUACGAUCAGGCUUUAUUUUGUCUGUUUCUGAUUUAGUUUUAUGUGAAUUAACGAAAAUAAGCACAAGGAGGUUGGAAGAAUUUAAUGUCUUUCAUUCAGUUCUAGUUUAUCAUGUGUAAAUAUAGGAGACCAUAGUUACAUUAAGCCAUGAUUUGCUAAUAACCAAGAAUUGGACCAUGUUUUAUGAGCUGGGUUGAAAAGCUAUAUUUUAGGCACACUAGAAUUUCAUAAGAUGGAAUGCAAUUGUCUCUGAUUAAAUCUAUUGAAUGCAUACUUCUAGUUUUCCUUUGGCAAGUGAUCCUAGUCAGUCAACUAAUCAGCUUACCAUCUAGGUCUAUGUAUUUUCCCUAUGCUUUCAAAUGAUCAACUGCAGUCAGAAUUUGUGUCUUGAGUACGUGGUCUAUUUUUCCCAGCUCAAUUAAGAUGUUUUAAUAUAGCAAGUAUUACUAGCAAAUAAUAUUCUUUUUCAAGGUUAAUUCAGCUGGGACAUGAAUCAAAGCCUCUUGGUAACCAUAACAAGAUGAUGCUAAUGGCUGCUACUUAUUUAAAAAGAGAUCCUUUCCCAUUCUGUGCUAACAUUUUGAGAAAUAUUUUCCUGGUGACUUAAUACCCUACAGAAUUGUAAAUCAGAAAAGAAACUGGUCUUCUUUUGUUUGGAUAAAGCUAUUGAAGAUAACAGUUUUAUCUUGAUUAUCAGGAAAAUGCAAAUAAGGCUUUCAUGCAGCAGCCCUGAAUUCUCAUUCUGCUACUUCUCCAUGCUAAAUAAGCUUUGUUGGAUCUCACCAGAAUUCAUUUCAUUUGGCAAAGAUCUGAUUAAGAGCAGCAAACAAUAGAAAAAUAUUUUGUGAACGGUGCUUGAAAAACUCUCUAGGUGGUGUUGCAGUGUUGCCACUGAAAACUAUUAUCUGGGUGCUAAAACUUUCCAGACAUUUACUGUAACAUUAAAAGAAACUUAUUUGAAUAAAUGUAUUUAGUAUAUACAUACUGAAUAUUACCCAGUAUCACUGGGAGUCAGAUAGUAUAUACAUUUAAUAACUUAUUGUUAUGAUGAUUAUUAAGAGUAAUAUGCAAUUAGAAUCAUAGUCUAAGAUUGGUGAAAACUUAUUAAUUCAAGACUUAAUGAAGAACUUAAGAAUUAUUAAUAUAGUACCUUAAGGAUGGAGCCAGUUUCAAGAAAGGUGGCUUUCUGUAAAAUUAAGAUAUUCAGGUUCAAUAAAUUCAAGGUUUUCAAAUAUUCAGUAAAUCCUUUAGAUAGGGCUCCAAGGGCUCCAAUCAAGAUUGUUAUAACAGCAGAUUUCUUUUUCCAUAAAUGUUCAACUUCUACAAGCGUUCAACAAAUUAUUAUUAUUGUUAUUGCAAUCUUUUGAUCUUUGGGGCAAAUUUAUAUAAGAUGGAAAGGGGAGAAGGUAUUUGUAACUGCAAACAGCAGGAUAAAGUUUUAAAGCCAAUUAUAGACACAAACUGAAACCAUUUCUCAAACACUCACUAAAAGAACAGAGAAAAAAUUUACCUUUAUUUACUCUGUUCAACCAGAGGUAACGGGAUUUUUUAAAAAUACAAGUUUCGUGUUUUGGUGCUCAUCUCACACAGGUAUAUUGUAAAUAUUAAUUUUUAACUAUUUUAACAAGAAGCUCUUUCCUGAAAUAGUACACAUUUUACAUUACAUAUUAGACAAAAACAUGCUAAACUUGACCAUUUCGUCAUGAUUUUGAGCUACUUUUUAAGUUACAGAUGAUGGUUACUGCUUUAUUUAAUCAUGGAUUAUUUAUGCUAUGGUAUAUAUGGCACUGCUUGGUGCAAUGUGGCCAUAUUUUCUAGGAAAUGUUGAGAAGAGUCAACACAAAGAAAUACAGGGUUGUUCUGUAGGAAGUUAGGGGCUGGGGAGAAUACAGUAGAGGCAGCUGGCUUGCUGUGGUGGUUUUUAAUUUGGUAGUUUGUAUAAAAGUGUAAGCAAAACAGAUGUAUAGUAACUUGUAAACAAUUUUAAAGCAAUGUUUUAGUAUUUUAAUAAUGUAUAAAUAUAUAUUAUAUCUCAAUAUAUAUAUAUAUAUAUAUCUAUAUAUGGAUUUGGAACUGAAUUCACAUCAUGGUGCUACUUGGCCUGUUCUCUAAAAAAAGUGUGCUAAAACUAUGUUCAAAUUAUGUUUGAAUGAUGUUCCUACUUGUCAUAUACCUCAACUUUACUUGGCAGUAGGAUUUUAAAUGGAGAUUUAUAAGAUAUCAUGUUCCCCUGAUUUUCUGCUUCGCUAAUAUUUGGGAAAAAGAAAUUCUCACUACUUGAUAGCAAGUGUAACUUGAAUUUUAACACAUAGUUUUGUUCUAAAAAUUCAGGGAUAUAUCCUCUCACAAUUUCCUUAGUAAGCCAAUGUAUCAUCUGUGUAUGUGUAUGUAAAAUUUUAUUGUACAGAUUGAUAAAUAUUAUUGUUGAA